UAUCUCAGCCUUCUCUACGUACGCAACGUUCCCUUGCACACCCUUGGCCCCGUCUGCAGAGCCUCAUUCGAAUUACCUCAAGUUGCUGCCACACUACACAAUGCGGCCAACGUUGAACUCGAGCAUCUCCAUGCACUUGCUGGACGCGUCAACCUGCAUUGAAAAUUCGCCUCGUUGGCAUUAGUCACUCUGCUCACGCCCUCGAUUACGCCCGCCCUUCCUAGCACCCGUUUCCCGUGUGUGUUCCUCCUCCCCCGGCCUCGUGGAUUGCAGAUGCACACCUUCCAAGCGCUUCCCUUCGACGUAUUCUUCGAAAUAUGCACGACCCUCGAUCUCGAAGACAUUGUGCACUUGUCGCUGGCAUGCCGGCACUUGAGAGCCCUGCUGCUCAACCACACCGUGGCUCAUCGGGCGGUCGAGACGCUGCACCCGUACACCGAGGAAGCGAGACAGGCACGCAAGGGCGAGAUGACGUACGGACAGGCUUUGUGUGCUAUCUAUGACAGACGGCGGGCCUUCUCGGACGCUCAUCCUUUCUCGGCUCGCGUUGUUGGUCGGGGCAGCGCUUUCCUUUAUCGACAGGGCGUGCUGUGUGUCCAAGAUGACAACACUGUAAUUGUGUCGAAUUUGCGCUCUGGAACACCUGCAGUACACAUCAACCUCCCCCGUAUAUUCGCUGCGACAGAUCCGGGGCCAUUGCACAAUGCUUAUGAGUUAAUGUAUUACAGUGACGGCAUUCUGGCAAUUCACGUCACAAAUGAGGCCUGGCCGGAGGACGAGAGCCUUCUCCAGUUUCUUAAAACUGCGGACAAUCUGCACGAUUCCGAGAGGCUGAUUAAGUGGGUCCCACUUGAGGUGGACACUUCAAGGCUCUUUGUUCGGCAUACGGCAGAGUACUUUUGCUUUGGAACCCAUACUGGAAAUGGAGGCGAUAAUCACCGCAAAUGGGUAGUUAAGUGUUUCGAUUAUAAAAACAAUACGUGCGAGGAGGGAGAUCAAAAACUUCUGCUGGAAGAUUUCCAUGGCAACGAUAUCGGAUCAACAGUGGCUUUCGAAGUCCACGAUGGCUACUUCUACGCCGUCUCAAAUCAGGGCACGUAUGAGGUUGAAGAGGUUGAUUGGACGUCUUUCUACCACUGCGUCCGCUUUCCACUCGAUAACCCCGUAAAGGACGCUUUGCAGAAGAACAAGACAGUAUACCGGCGCCAGCACGCCGAAGGCGCAAUCCACGACUCCUGGACCGACCUCGCCCUCCAACACGACGAACGCACCAACAACCUCCUCAUCGUCGAGUCCCGCCGCGAAUGGAUCCGCGCGUCCUCGCGACAAGCGCGGACCUUCUACACCUCGCACAUCGCCUUCGACACCGGCGCUUCUCUAGACUCCCCCUCCCCCUCAGCCACCGGUCACCCCUUCCCCCUCCCAGACAACGACAUCCUGACAACCGCCCUCGACUCCUCAAACGCCCCAAACUACAUGCCCACCCCCGCCCAGUACAGCUGGACGCAGCACCCGGAGAACGCGCCCGUACACUCAGCCAACCAGCCCCCCAUCCCGCGCUCCUUCAUCCUCGCCCGCACCAAGUUCCGCGCCUACAACGCCUCGUGCGCGACCUUCAUCGACCUCGUCGAGGACGACGCGUGCUGUCCGCGCCGCGCCCCCACAGAACAACCCUGUCUGCGCCUCCGCAUCGGCAGCCGCCGCGCCGCGCCCGCCGCGUCCCCUUCCUCAUACACCCCCUCCCCCACCGCCUCGCCUGCGCCGCUCCCCCGCUCAAUCCCCCAGGUCCCUUUCAAGGACUCAACGACCUACCGCCACACGCCCACCCGCCUCUUCCCGCCCCGGCCCACAUGCGCGUGCACACGCCGUCUGCACGCCGUUAUGAACCGCGCGCGCUCGGGGGGCCAGAGGAACGUGGCCGCGGUGUGCGACGAGAGGAGCGUGGUAUUCAUGGGCGUGGCGAUGGGGGGCAGGGGGGGCGAGAUCGUGCUUGUGGAUUUUGGGCGCGGGGUUGGUGAGGUCCAGGGUGCGGCCCAGGGUGAGGUCCAAGGGGAGGGGUGGACGGCGGCGCGCAGGGGGGCAUGUGCGGCGGGGACGUGUUAGGGGGGAGCGGUGGUUGGCUGUCGGUUGUGGAGUUGAGCCGCGAGGCAAAGCACGGUGGUGUGCAUGUUUGCGGACUACGAGUUGCCUUGGGCUGCUAUGCGGGUGCGGCACGGCACGGCACGGCGCGGGGUGGGUGUGUUGGCAUGUCACGAGGCGGGUUGCGAGGCUGACCGGCCUGGUGGCAUACUGACUGCAUGGUGACGGCAUACUGGCG